AUGACGUGUUACGACGGCCAGCAGAUAUGCAAGCGUGGCACUGAGAAGCCCUGCUAUAAAAUUGCCUAUUUUCAAGAUGCUCGGCGUAAACUCAACUUUGAAGAUGCGAGUCGAGCCUGCAGGAGUGAUGGUGGAGAUCUUCUCGGUAUUGAGUCUAAGACUGAGCAGAUACUGAUAGAGAACUUCAUCCAUGAACUGAAAGCAUCAGAUGGAGACUUUUGGAUCGGGCUCCGUAGGGAUCAAGGCUAUGAGGAGAUAAAUGGAGACUGUCCUUCUCAAUACUACUGGCUGGAUGGAAGCCGAGCAACCUUCAGGAACUGGCACUGGGAUGAGCCUUCCUGUGGGUUUGAGGUGUGUGUGGUGAUGUACCAUCAGCCCUCUGCUCCUCCGGGUCAGGGUGGGCCUUACAUGUUCCAGUGGAAUGAUGACAAUUGUGAAACCAAAAACAACUUUAUCUGCAAGUACACCAAAGAUAAACCUCCAGCACCCAUCCCUGCAGAAAAUAGAACAUUUGAAGAUGCUCUUCCAACACCCAAAAUACCCAGAAACCCCUCUGUCACAGAGAAGGAUGAUGGCAUGAGGGUGCUCGUAUCUGAACCUCCAGACAAUGUUCUUAAUAUCGCUUACAUUGUGCUGCCAACCAUACCACUUCUGCUGCUGUUGAUUGUGGCGACGGGAGUUUUCUGCUUUAAGCUGUUCACAAAGAGGAAGAAACAACAGACUGAGACCCCUCCAAAGGAACCAGGAUAUUGGGCCCCUGGAGAAAGAUGCAACAGCCCGAGCCCUGACGUCUAUAACGUCAUCCAAAGGCAGCAUGAAUCAGACCUGGCCGGCACGCGGCCUGACAUCAAGAACACUUCCUUCCUGGGUUCUUCUCCAGACACUCCACCUGGAGAUUACGACAACCUGGCAGGCAGAGACACUGAAAGUGGUUUUGUGACACUGGCCAGCACUGAGAGCGGCUUUGUGACCAAUGAUUUGUAUGACACCCUGCAGGGCCGUGGAAGCGGGAGAUAUUACAGAGACCAGGGAUGGAUGGAUGAAUUAUAUGGCUACUGAUAUGAAAGAUGAACAUUAGCAUUUAACUGCGUAUUCUCCUCUAAAAUGAUAAUAGCUGUUGAUGUCUUACCCGAGUAUUUCAAAAGAAGGCCUGGAUAUGUGUGGACUCCAGCAUUUUGAAAUCUCCAAA